AUGAAGACUAAAGUACUCGAACUGAGCGAUAACAACAACCUUACCACACACCCCCCGCCACAACAACAACCCCCCACCACCGAGGUGUCAGCUGUGAACCACCAGCGCCGCGCCUGGAGCCGCAGCGCCCCCAGUCGUGCUGGCCCAGGGCGCAGCCAGAAGCGGUGCAAGGGCUGCGGGGACAGUGGGUGCGGCGGUACUGAUAAGUGUCCCGCCCGCGACGCCACAUGUCGCAAUUGUGGGCGCAAAGGGCACUUCUGGGGUAUGUGCUGCGCCCUCACACCAGGCAGGGGCCCCGCUACCUCCAACGCAGUGAUUGUAGGAGGCGUGGAGGCGACGGCAGACCUGUCAGUACGGAUCGUCUGCCCCUGGCCGCAGGCGGAGUGCUGCACCACGGCUGUAGCCGACACAGGGGCUCAGGUGUGCAUCGCUGGCCGGCCCCUGCUGGAGAGUCUGGGUAUCCCCCUAGGGCAACUUCACGCCUCACCCAGGACAGUCAGCCACGUCGCCGGUGGAGGGGUGAAGCUUCUGGGAAGCCUCACGUGCGAGGUGAGAGUGGGGGCCAUCACCACGUCUGAGUGCGUAUACAUAGCUGAAGGGGUGCAGCGGCUGUACCUGUCACUCGGAGCUUGCAGAGCCCUUCAGUUGGUGCCGCAAGAUUUUCCCCGCCCUGCAACCAGAAUCAGCGCAUUGACGGCCCCUGCGUCUCUCAAGACCUCGGCCCAUCCAUUGUCACCACCCUACGAGUUGGUAGAAGAGAACUUGGGGCGUCUAGAAAAAUGGCUCCUGGAGGAGUUUGGACGCACGGUGUUCGCAACAGAACGCACGCCUCUACCAGAAAUACUUAGCCCGCCACACCACAUCCACCUCCGCCCCGGCGCACGCCCCCACGUGGUGCACGUCCCCGCCACAGUCCCGCACCACUUCUACAAUGAGGUGCGGCGCCAGCUCGACGACGACAUCGCCAGAGGCAUCAUAGAGGAAGUGCCUGCCGGAGAACCGACCGAGUGGUGCGCGCGCAUGGUGGUGGCGCCAAAGAAAAACGGGACUCCCUUUGAUCUCAUCUCCAGCGUGUCCAAGCACACCUUCAAGACGGUCGCCGACGCAUACUCUGGGUACCACCAGAUACCCCUGGACAGUGAAAGCCGCAAAUUAACAACAUUUAUCACCCCUUGGGGAAGAUUCCGCUACCGCAGGACUCCCAUGGGGCACUGUGCGGCGCAGGACGCCUUCACGAAGCGCCUCGACGACGUCAUGAGCGACGUGCCCAGGAAAAUAAAGUGUGUUGACGACACGCUUCUGCACGACAAAAGUGUGGCAGAAGCCUUUUGGCAUACGUAUGGAUUUCUGCAGAAAUGCCGCGACAACGGGGUAACACUGAGGUCAGAUAAGUUCAGCUUCUGCAAGAGAAACGUCACGUUCGCCGGGUAUCUACUCGGCUGGGAAGACUACCAGCCCAGUCACGACCUCAUCAAGAGCAUCACAGAAUUCAUGAUGCCUGCAAGCCCAUCACUGACGGAUAACCGGUUGUGGAAGCUCCUGAAGAAGCCAGCCGGGAAGACAGUCUAUUGGGACGACACACUCGACGCCAUCAAGAAUCUCGCAGCAGAAGGUCUCAAGUUCUACGAUACCUCACGCCCCACAGGCAUCCCAACUGACUACAGCCGGCAAGGCUGCAAAAACCUAACCUUCAUCACCGAUCAUAAGGCGCUCAGCAAAAUCUUCGGUGACAAGGAGCUGAAGGACAUUCACAACCCCCGCAUCCUCAACAUAAAAGAAAGGACCCUGAUGUAUAACUUCCGUGUCAAGUAUAUCAAGGGGAAAAGCAACUGCGCCGCGGACGAUCUCUCGCGUUACCCAGCAUUAGCAAGCGUACCAGAGGACUCAGACGAGGCUGACGAUGAAGCAGUGUGCGCUGUCAUGGUCGUCGCGGCAGCAGAAACCACUACGGACAAUGUGGGUCAUGUGGUAGACCUACGUCAUGUGGAGGAGGAGGCAGUCAAAGAUGAGGAAUAUCGGCUCCUCCAUGAGUGCGUGGCCAAUGAUGGUUGGGGCGAGCGGAAGGACGCCGAGCCGGCCGCGCUACGCCCGUACUUCAGGAUGCGGCGGCACUUGUCAUGUCAAGGCGACAUUGUGCUUUACACCAGCGAUGAGAGAUUCCCCCCCCUUGUCAUCCCAACCGCCCUCAGACGCACCGUGCUCGCCAAUCUCCACGCUGGUCAUCAGGGCAGAGACUCAAUGCUUCGCAGAGCCAGGCAGUCUGUAUACUGUCCCGGCAUCGAUGCAGAAGUGGAGCAAAAACGACGCCAGUGCCAGAUGCUGACAGGCUGGCUAGAAGUGGAACACCUGUCUGGGGAAGCCACCAGCUCCCGCCUCAUCACGUUGUUCCGGCGUUGGUUCACACGCUUCGGCAUCCCUGAAGAGCUUGUAACGAAGUACCUGAACACACCCCUGCACGGCCUCGACGCAUCCCCAGCACAACUGCCGACAGGCAAACAGCUGCGAGACGCCAUACCCGUAGAGAGCUCCCGCUACCUAAUCAACGAGCAGUGGGGCAGGACACUGCGCGAUCGGGAACGUGCUAUGAUCCAAACAUCAGUCAACUCAUCAAUACAGCACGACCAACAAGCCCACAGUCUGACACCCUUGAGGCCUGGGCAGCGAGCACGCAUCCAAAAACCCAUCUAG